AUGGAUGGGAGCAACCUGACCAGGGUCACUGAGUUCAUCCUGCUUGGGUUUCAGAAUGAGAAACCCGUGAACAUUCUUCUUUUCUCUGUGUUCCUGCUCAUGUACCUGACAUCUCUGGUCGGCAACACCCUGAUCAUCCUUCUAGUGUGCUGUGACCGACGCCUGCACUCACCCAUGUACUUCUUCGUAGCCAACCUCUCCUUCCUUGAGGUGGCCAUCACCUCCACGGUGGUGCCUGAGAUGCUGGCCAACACUUUCUCCCUCACCAAAGCCAUCUCCUUUGUGGGCUGCCUCACGCAGUCUUUCUUCUACUUCCUCUUGGGGUCCACCGAGUUUUUCCUCCUGGCGGUCAUUUUUAACGGCCCCCCGCCCUUCUGUGGGCCCAACGUGGUGAACCACUUCUUCUGCGACAGCGCCCCGGUGCUGAAGCUGGUCUGCGCGGACACCUCUCUGGCGGAGCUGGCGGACUUCGCCUCCUCGGCGGUGCUGCUCCUGGGCUCCCUGCUCCUGACCGGCGUGUCCUACACCUGCAUCAUCAUCACGGUGCUCCGGAUGCCCUCGGCGCAGGGCCGGCGCAAGGCCUUCUCCACCUGCGCUUCGCACAUCACGGUGGUAACGCUGUACUAUGGCAGCUCCAUCUUCAUGUAG